AUGGCCAACGAGACACCCCCCAACCCAACGAUCGCAACGACCGACUCCGAUGCCACUUUUGAUGAGGUAGAGGAGCUGCUCUUGCUGCAGAUGUCCGUGGCCAACGAUGAGCCUCUUUCCCCACAGCUGCGAGCUGUAAUGGCCACGCAGGACACGACUGCACCGAAGGACGAUCCUCGAGAGAGCCGCCCAUCGCCCUUACUCAUGGAGCGACCCAGAAGUUCUGGCAUCGAUCUGUCUUCCUUCUCCUUUGCAAAGCCAAUGCAAGGCCGUCAGCCUUUUUCCCUUCAGGCAUCAGCAACGCCAUCCUCGUCCACGGCUACCUUGCACAAAGCUACUCCAAACGAGCAUAAAGCGGCCGACCCAUUGAGUGAGGCCGGAAGGGGCUCACCAAGGUUGGGAUCCUACACAAGUCAAAACAGAAAUGUACACGGCCUUCUAUUAUGCCUUGUGGACAUGACCCUAAUGGUUCAAUUAUUGAAGCCAACGCUGUACCCGAUGCAGACCAUUUGCCUACGAACAGCGUCGGACAAGGCGGCCCCCCUUUCGAAACCUCGGGGUUGUGAACCAUCCUCUGGUGACAGGCUCGACGGACCCGACAAAGUCCAUGCGAUACAGAAUCUGAUCCCUCAGAAGCAACUUCCAGAAGGCACUCCGAUGGCUCAACUACAUCGGGUGGAGCCUGAAAGUGGAAGGCUUAGAGUCUCUAAGCGCCGUCGCUCCAGCAAAGGUCAACACCCACGCAAUGUCAGGCCGUCACAUGCACCAUCAGAAGAUAAUGUCUCAUCCCUGUCAGAAGAGCAUCUGUUUCAGUUGUUGAACGGCCGCAUCAGGGAUCGCGAAGAGAAUGAGGUUGCCGCCGUCGAAAUGAAACAACAAUUGGAGGCUAGCAUCUCUGGCCUGACGGAGGAGAACCAGGCGCUGAAGAGCCAGCUUGAGAUAUCCGAUAAGCUUAUCCGGAGAAGGAAUUCCGAGAUGCGAGCUUACAAGACUCAAAUUGAUGCUUGGAAGUCAAAGCUAUCGAGCAUCAAAAGCUUCCUCAAUCAGCUGGGUUCCGACUUCCAGACCCUCCGCGGUGAUGCGAGCCGACUCCUAGCGGCGAAGAAAAGCGCUGAAAAUGAGAGAUCUGACAUCGAUUCGAACAUCAGUGAUGUCAGGGCUCAAGUAGCGAGAGUUUCAGAGACUGCCAAUAAGGGACGAGUGCAGGUUUUGCGCUCGGAGAAUCAGAUUGACUUGCUGAAACAGGCCCUCUCCACAACCGAAGAGAAGACCAGAUACGUUCUGGGACAGCUUGCCGAUGAGAAGAAGAGGACUAGGCUUCUCGAGUUGUACAUUCAGGAAUGUUCUCGUACUCAGGUCUUAAAGCUUGGUCAAAUCAGAGCUGAUCAGCAGGGGAUCCUAAGACGAUUUGAGACCGUAUUCCAGACCAUGAGUGAUCAGGAGAAGACCGCCCAAAGUGCUAUCGAGAAACUGAUCGGUCCUAGCCUGAACAAAUGCGUCUCAACACUUGAUAGUCUGUGCAACAAGGUCUCGGAAAGUGAUACGAGCGGGAAGGAAUGCUUUGAUGGGUUUCGAGCUGAUAUAGCACGAAUGGAAAGCGAAUUGACUCAAUUGCACAGCUUAAUCAACGAAAAUCGUGCAAAAGAUGCAAGCUGUAUGAUGGAUCUUAACCAGCAACUUCUGAGUGCCACAAAUCAGAUUGCGGACAACUCAAACCUGGUUGAGCGAAUCUCUACAAGCGCGGAACAUCUUGACUGUUUGCAAGAAGCCCUUGGGCGCUUGGUACCAUUGACCGAGACACUCAAUUGUUCUGUCGACGCAUUGAAAGACAACGAAGCUAGACUUUUCGACCAGAUGACGCAUCUCGAGGCAGACCUGACUGAGACGCGGAUCCUCAAGAACGCCGAAGCCGCAGCGCUUGAAUCCACGCGACAUGAGUUAGAGAAGAUCCAGCUGAAGACCAAGAUGCAGAGAAUAACGGCGGAGUCAGAAGAGAUGACAGAGAGUCUAAGAGCCAAAGAUCUCGAGAACAAAGCCAUUCAAGCCUCGCUGCUCGAGGCCGAAUCGAAAACCCAAGAGGCACAAUCCCGCGUUAGCCAACUUGAAUCGAACAUUGCUGCCCUGCGAGACGAGGUCAAAAAGAAGGAGAUCCAGGUCCGAGAGGAGUUGAGCCGAGCCAGUAUCGUCGCUCGCGAACAAAUCAAGGCCAGAUACGAGCAGCAGCAUCGCGACCUGUUGAAGGACAAGGCGGAUCUAGCACAAAUGGUGGAAUUCGUCACGAAGCAACUCAAUGACACAAAGUCAGAUCUGGUACAAUGGCUUCUCUUGACCGAUGAUUGUCAUGUGUCUAACCUCGAGUCGAAGUCAAAAGAAAUCGAGGAGCUGGCCCGCCAUCUGUCCGACAGGCUCGCUGAGUUAGCGGAGCAAGAGAAGGAGCUGAAAAGAUUGGCGGAACAAGAAGCUUCAGGCCAAGCGCGGCAUGCCUCUCUCCUGGCUCAACUCGAUGAAGCGAACAUAAAGACUACCACACUUGAAGAUGACCUUGCUAAGACUCGUGAGGAUAGAGACAGAAUUGCGACAGAGCUUCAGCAUAGGCUCGACGCACUUCUGCAGGCUAAUUUAGGGAAACAGGAGGAAUGCGUCAAAGUCCAAGAAAAACUCACAGCUGCCCUGAUAGAACGAGCGGACCUUGAAAGCAGUAAGCUCAAGACAAAGGAUGAAAUUUAUGGGCUACUCAAGCGAGUCCAAGACUCGGAACUUUGGGUAAUCAAGCUGAAAGAGAUUUUAAGUCGAGCAGGUCUGGCGAUACCUACCGACUCGCUCUCAGAGACAUGGGGCAGGCUCGAGACGGUUCUGCUCCCUACAAUCAGCAAUAGCGCUGAAAGUGAGCGGGAAAGUCAUAAGAAAUCCGAUGAACCGAAGACUGGUAGUACCGGGGGGCUGCCACUUCAGGACAAUCUCGACGAAGCUGAGCAGAACGGUUCCAGAGCGAGAAGAAUCAUUACCACAGUACCUGACAGCCAGGCUACCAUUUGUCCUUCACCUGCAAGGCGAAGUGGAAAGACUGACAAUGAUGAAGCUUCAAUAGACUCAAUGUGUUUGCUCGAGCCUGGCAUUGUCCCAUUUUCAAGCAUCCAGCAGCACUGCCCUCCCGCCGACUGUUUGUUCACGGAAAGCGAGAGCUAUGACCUUGCAGCCAUGCUCAUUUUCACCCCUGACAAGAGUGCAGUGGCAGGUGGCUCAGUCUUUGCAGCGACGCCGAGCAAGUGCUCCGCAAACCUGUCCACGUGUGAAGGGAAAGACACAGUGGAACAAGACCCGAGUCACUGUGCAGACAAAUCUCCAAAUGCUGCAGCAGAAAACGACAAGGCGAGCUCGCGCGGAGGCGAUAGAGCGCCCACGGUGCUUAAGUCACGCGUAUGUGAUGAGAAGAAUAAGCUCAGUGAUAACAGAACAAAGCACAGAACGGUCACAUUCGAAAAGGAGAGUCCAGUGUCUCAACGAGGAAAACGCAAGCUAUCUAGUAUGGAGAUUGGCUGCAGCCAAGGUAGCUCGGCAGUAAACGUCGGCGAGGAAAGCUUCAUGCGCUCCCGGCGGACAUACUCCAAGCAGCAACAAGAAUCGAGAAGGAUUCAGGAGAAGUCAAGUGGCCCAGCAGCGAGAGCUUCUGCCGGAGACACAGCGCACGACGUCACCGAAGCCGGAACCCCGCGAUCUACAAUCAACAAGAGGACCAAGGUCUCUUUUGACACCAUUAAGACGACAUCGCAGACGAAGACAGUCACAGAGUACUUCGAUCGCAAGUCGAGUCCUGAGAAGCUUGCGUCUGGAAGCAGCAGACCAGCGCUGAGUGACAGUCAACCUGGAUUCCAGAAAAAAACCUCUCGAGGUGGCAGAGGCAGCGGGAGAAGAUCUCGAGGUGAGUGA